CAAAAUUGAUAUAAUUUGUUUAAUAUCACAUGAUAAUCAUGUCUUUUUUUGUUUUGUUAUAGAUAUUAUUAAAUUGUAAAUCAUAUUAAAAAAUCAUUCGUGUUAAAAGACUUUAAUAAUAAAACAAAACUAUCAUGAUUGGCUUUACAAUUUUUAGUUUUGCUUUAUUUCAAAGUACUGUCUGCAUGCUUCAUGUAGGCGAUGAACCAUGUUACAAACCAAUUUUUGAUAAAGGAAUUAAAGAAGUAAUAUUAACUUCGCGACCUCAUGAAACAUUAAACUUGAAUGAUAUACCAAAAAAUUUUGAUUGGCGCAAUAUUGAUGGAAAAAGUUAUGCAAGCACGACUAGAAACCAACAUAUUCCCCAAUAUUGUGGCUCUUGUUGGGCACAUGGAACAACUAGUGCUCUUGCUGAUAGAAUAAAUAUCAUGCGAAAAGGAGCUUGGCCAUCUGCUUAUCUAUCUGUCCAAAAUGUUCUUGACUGUGCAAAUGCUGGAACUUGUCAUGGUGGUGGAAUGAUAGCUGUUUACAAGUAUGCAUAUGAUCAUGGAAUUCCAGAUGAAACAUGUAAUAACUAUCAAGCCAUUGACCAAGAGUGUAACUUAUUUAAUCAGUGUGGUACUUGUUCAACAUUUGGUGAAUGUUAUGUUGUAAAUAACUAUACAAGAUUUAUGGUUUCUGAAUUUGGGGAGGUCAAUGGGCGAGAAAAUAUGAUGGCUGAAAUUUAUAAACGCGGACCUAUUGCAUGUGGAAUAAUGGCUACUCCUAGUUUUGAUAAAUACACUGGUGGUGUUUACACAGAGUAUACCGAUCCGUUUGAAAAUCACAUUAUUUCAGUUCAUGGUUGGGGUGUAGAUGAAAAUGGUGUUGAGUUUUGGGUUGGCAGGAACUCAUGGGGUCAACCUUGGGGAGAAAAUGGCUGGUUUCGUAUAGUUACUUCUCUUUACGAAGGUGGAAAAGGCGGUAUGUACAACCUUGGCAUAGAAAAUAAUUGUGCUUUUGCUGUUCCGAUAAUUCCUAAAAAUUGGAAAGUAUAAGAAGCGAAGUUUGUUUUUAGUUUUAAUUAGUAAUUUAGUUGUUUAAUUUUAUGCAACAAAUUGUGUAUAUACUUGUUUUACUGUGUGUACUUUUUAAAUACUGCAAUUCAACGAAAAAAAAAUUUAUAAUGAUAA